CGGCGCGGGGAGGCGGUGGCCGGACCUGGAGAGACUCAGCAGCCGAGCCUGGAGUAUGGCAGGGAUCGGAGCCGCUUCUCGCGUCUCGCCGGCUCCUCUCGGUCGUGGGGAACUUUUUCCAGCGGCCGGUGCCUCCCCGCGGUGGUGGCGGUGGCAGCGGAGACGGCGCCGGGCGGGUUCGGCGCUGCCCCCGGGGUUGGGGCUGCUGGGACUGGUGUUCUCCCGCUUCUGCUGCAGUGCCUUAGCUGGACCAGUUGUUGAUCCACAUGUGACAGCAGUUUGGGGGAAGAAGGUUGCACUGAAAUGCGUAAUUGAUGUAAAUGAAACAAUAACACAAGUUUCCUGGGAGAAGAUCCAUGGUAAAAUCUCAGAGACUAUUGCUGUUCAUCAUCCUGAAUAUGGAAUUUCUAUUCAAGAAAAAUACCAAGGAAGAGUGUCAUUUAAAAACUACUCACUUACUGAUGCAACAAUCAUCCUAAAAAACGUAAGCUUUUCUGAUGCAGGAGAAUAUAUCUGUAAGGCAGUUACAUUCCCUCUUGGAAAUGCACAGUCGUCAGUAACUGUAACAGUAUUAGUUGAACCUAUUGUCAGCUUAACAAAAGGACCAAACCCUCUGAUUGAUGGUGCAAAUCAAACAAUAGCAGCCAUUUGUACAGCAGCCACUGGAAAACCUGCUGCGGAGAUUGACUGGGAAGGAGGUCUUGGUGAAAUGGAAUCCAGCUCCACUUUGUUUCCAAAUGAAACAGUGACAGUCAUAAGUCAGUAUAAUAUUGUCCCUACACGAUUUGCAAGAGGAAGACGAAUAACUUGUAUUGUGAGGCACCCAGCUUUGGAAAAGGAGAUAAGAUUCUCUCAUGUGUUGGAUAUACAGUAUGCCCCAGAAGUUUCAGUAACUGGAUAUGAUGGAAACUGGUUCAUUGGAAGAGAAAAUGUUCAGCUCAGAUGUAAUGCUGACGCAAAUCCAUUACCUAUGGAAUUCAUGUGGACCAGGCUGGAUGGACAGUGGCCUGAAGGACUGCUGUCUGUCAACAAUACUCUGCAGUUCAACAGCCCAUUGACUUACAACUACACUGGGACUUAUAUCUGUAAGGUGACUAAUUCCCUUGGUCAGAGAAGUGAUCAGAAGACUAUCUACAUAUUAGAUAUGCCAUUUAAGCAGACAUCUUCUGUUGCUGUAGCAGGGGCUGUGAUUGGAGCAGUCCUUGCUCUUUUUAUCAUUACCAUCUUUGUGACAGUGCUGCUGACCCCAAGAAAGAAAAGGCCAUCCUAUCUUGACAAAGUGAUUGAUCUUCCACCCACUCACAAACCAUCUUCACAUGAGGAGAGAGCAUUCUCUCUACCACAGAAAGAAACUAUGAUUCAGAAAGAACAUCUUGCUUUGCAAAGUCAGUAUGGAGAGAAAGAUACUGGAAACUUGCAGCACAUGAAAGCUGUGAAUGAAAGGCAACUUAUCUACGAGGCUGAAGAGCUACAGGAACAACAGUGUCUUCAGCAUAUGUACCCUGUUUAUCAGCAGAUGUACUACAAAAAUUGGAACAGCGGGCACCCUCAAAACUCCGGAUCUGGGAGAGUCUACAUCAAUCCAAGGGAGCACUAUGUAUGAUUAUGUAUACUUCAAGGUGUGACGUUUUACAUACUUACUGGCCAUAGGACCAGUAAGUCUUGUUGGCUUCCAUUUCUGAAACAAUUUUUUUUUUCCUGUGGGAAGAAAUUGCAUGGCAGUUUUGUAUAAGUAAACCUUAUGGAAUUUGUGACUUAAACUUGCUUCUAGCAUUUUGUAUGUAUUUUAGUAGUUACAGCACAAUGUCAACCUGUCGAAAGAGGAGAAAGCUAUCUAGCUUUAUUAUUUAUCCUUUAUAGGCUUCAGAAGUAUAAUUUACAGUUCAAUUAGUUGACAGACAACAAAAUGUGCUGCCCUUGUUAUGUAUGAUUCCAUAGGGAAUGCUUUCCCUUUAAAUGGAUAUUUUGAAAUUACUAACUUUUACAUAAGUAAGGUAAAUACUGUCAAGGGAAUUGGAUCCGUGGUGACAUGAGUAAUCUCAGGCUGUGAAUCAAUUCCUUUGCAUCUUAGAAAACUUGAGAUAAUUAUCAUUUUGACUAGCCUUAGCAACUGGUUUUUCCACUGCCUCUACCUCUCUGAGUCAAAUGAGCAACUAAACUACCUCUCAAGUACUAAAUUACUGUUUUAUAAAUUGUUAGGCGUCUUCUCACCUUGUAAAAAAUAGAUGCGAUUUCUUUACGUCAUCAGAAGGUUUUCUCCUUUUUAUUUGGAUCUUGGCCAUGAAUCAAGUAGGUCUAUAUGAAAUUUAUUUGCUGGACGAAGAUUAGGAGAUAAAACUAUCUGAAAGUGUCUUACGUUUAAGUGUAUUUUAACUACAAAUUACUGUUUGGCCUUCUUCCUCUGUGAAGUGUUGUGGAGUUUCUUCUUGCUUGGCAGUUAAUACAUUUUAUGCUCUUUGUGGUAAAACUACUGCAAUGAGGCAUUCUCAUGUCUUAGCAAGAUAAGUAGAGCUUUAGUAGUCUUCAAGUUUCCAGCACCAUUUUCUAAUCUCAGCCAGUACUAUGAAAUAACUGCUGAAUGUCCCGAUGCCUCCAGUGCUAACAUUAUUUCAGAUAAAUUUUUAUCUUUGUGGGUAAUGGUUGAAAAAACUUGCUCAGGAUCUUCUUAAAAAGGGGGAAAAAAAAAAAACAAAAAACUUUCAGAGUAAAAUAAAUAUUCUUCAAGUAACAAAGUGUAUAUUUGUAUUAAUGCCAAAAUGAGCUCAUGGGACUUCCUAUUCUUGCUGUUUUAAAAUACUUCACGUUGCUGACUGGAAUUACUCAGAGAAACUUGCACAUUAGUACGGAACAAUGAUUUUCAGUCAGAUUACUUUAAGACACAUUAAGUAUGUCUCUUUCUGAACUAAUUGUUGUAACAGAUUGAACACUGCUUCUUAAUAUUUGUGUUUUUUCUCAAAGGCAUUCAAAAUUUUUAAGACCGGAAAGAGUCACCAUUGUAGAAGCAAUAGAAUUGAAAGCUGAUAGGUAUAGUUAAAUGUGCUGCAAGCAGAAUGCUUUUAUGAAACUUGUAUUCAUCUCCAUUAUAGUGAAGCUAAUGACAUCACUAAUUACAAUAGCGUUAGGUAAAUAUGUCUAGUUUGUUACAGGAAGCAGCUAGAAGCUGAUGGCUUAGAUGUUCAUUUUCUGGAACUGGAUAUUCAUUCUUUUCUUGAUAAGCAGCUUGCUUUUGCAUAAGUUGCUCCAAAAGUAAUGUUUCCCAUUAAUUUCCAUGGGAAUUAAGACAGAUAAAAAGAGCAGAACAAUUCUAUUUGAUAAAGCAAAUUCUCAGAUACAAAACGCUUGUCAACAGUCAUCACCAUUAGCUAAUUAGCAUGGAUGAGCUAAUGGAUGAGUUAAUGGAGGCACUCUUCAUUUCAUGGUGUGACAGCUGUGCAUGUCUGUCUGGAAUGUGGCUUGCCUUUCAUGUUGUUGUGGCAACUGCAGAAACAAACCACCUACAACCUCACUGUGCUCACAUCUGCUGUUUGGUCUCCAUUAAAUAUUCAGUAAGCAUCAAUGGAUGUUAGUGGGAGCAAUUUUUUUCUGCAUGUAGGAAUUCAGUGAUAGACCUCUACUCCAUACAAACUUCCACGUCAGAUGCCAUUUUGUCAGUCUGCCCCUCUGCUGCCGUACCACCAUCUGCCUCUGAUGUCAUGGGUCAACAUAAUAAAAUAGGAGGCAUUAUUUUGGUACAGCCUUCAUAUAUGAUGUAGUUUAAGUUGAUAGCUAAAGGAGUGAUGGAGUAAAUUGUUGGUAAAGAUGAUGUUUGGGAGCUGUUUUGAACCACAGAAAACUUUCUCUUAUGGACUAAUGAGUGUGCUCAUUUGAAUUCUGAACUAUUCUCAACUUGAAACCUGCUAUAUUUGAGACUCAAAUAAGGUCUUUUGCAUCCACAAACUUUUCCAGUGUCAGUUUUUUUCUGAUAAUUAGACAAAUCACUGAGCAAAACUUCAUACGAAAAUGUUUUGAAUAUGCAUUACAGGUGGUUCAAAACUUGUAUUAUAGUAAUCUUACACUAAAUUUGUUAGCUCAAUGUGAUGCUCAGUAGCUGAUAACUUCCUAUUAUGUUGACAGGCUGUGGUUCUGAACUUACACUUUAUUUCUUGUUUGCAAGUAUUUUGUUAUGAAGAGUUUGGAACAGUGGGGUGAGGGGGAGAAUAAUGUUGUCAACAAAAUUUUUAAUUUUAUUUGAAAAGAAUACUAAGAAUGUGAGAGUAUCCUUAAGGAAGAUGUAGUCUGCCUGUGUUCCUCAAGUUACAUGGGGGGGUCUGGGUGGGGGGAACCUAUAGAAAGUCUUGCAAGCUGCCUGUUAGCAUGUACUUUUCCCUAAAAUAGUCAUAAAAUACAUUACUAUGGUUAUUAUCUGUGAGGACUUUUUUGUAAUCCAUUCAGGGAUGUUUAGAAUAAGUUUUCUGAGAUGUUGCCUACAGUCUUGUGUGUGGCUAGGUGUUGUGGGGUGGAGAUUUUGCAUAGAGCUCUUUAAAUAUGAAAGUAUAUAAUAGGUAGGAUUUUGCACAGAAGUUGCACACUUUAGAAGUUUCUGCCUUUUUAAGGUCUAGAAAAUGUCUUAUUUUUGUAUAUAUUCAAAUGUUUGUAUUUUGGAU